GGCUGACUUUGCCUGACCUAAUGUGAUGAAAUGUGAUUACCUUGCUCGACUUUCUAGGCUUCCAGUUUGAAAAUACUGUACAGGAAUUUGUAUUUUUGAGGUGAACGAUGUGUGGAGUACUUUCAACUGAGUUUCCACAUCUUACAUCUGGCAAUUUCGAGAAUUUUCUGGCCUCUGAUGAUGUAUUGGCUCACUUCUUCAAUGAUUUCUUAAGUCUGCCGUCUUUCCCAGAGGCUUUGAUGUACAAACAGGAGACUGGACAGUUUGAGGUGGUGAACGGAGCAGCUGAGUUUGUCUCAAGAAGAAUCAGAUCAGUACUACACCACAGCAAAUCACAACUCCUUACUCAUGACCCCACGGUGCUGGCCAAAAGCACUCUGAUAGACAACCAUUACACUGUCUGUUGCCUGGACAGAGAGCAAGGAAUUCAGUGGAUCAUGAAGGAAAGAUUGCCCUUUUUCCUUCAAAGUGAUUGCUACUAUGAAUACAGACUAGCCAAGUUGUUGUUUCAGUGGGACCCAAACUUCAUUAUCCAGAGGAGGAAAUGCAGCUCAGGUCAAACCACACUGUCAGCCACACAACUGUGUUUUUCCUCCCAGUUUGACAAGGAAAAUAACUAUGCCCUGAGGGCCCAAACAUGCUUGCAUGGUCAAGAGAAUAUUUCAGCAAAACAAGGUUCUUUUAGGAUGCAUAACGUUACAUGUCUACCCUCUGGUCAGAUGGGACAUAUCAACACAAAAUGCAGUGAAUCAUCCAGGUGUUCCUCCAGCUGCUCUGAGCCAGAGAACUCUUCUUCCUCUUUGUCCUCUGCUUCCUUCUCCUCUAACUUUAAAUGUGAGAAAACUCAGGAACUUCGAAGCCCAAAAGCAGAGUUGAGCCUCUACUUCACAGAGUCAUCAGCUGCUGCUGGAGAGGAGCAACAUCUUAAAGAGUCCAGUAGUCUGAAUUAUGAGUCUUCUGAACUACAGCUGGAGUACUUGGCUGCCAAAGUAGUUAAACAGGUGCUUAAAGAUGCAGUGGUCAUGGUGGAUGGACAGAGACGAGCAAACACUAGAGACCUGACAAAUUGUACCACAGACACAUCCAGUGAAUGUAAAGGUUGUCAGUAUUCAGCUGAUGAGGACAGAGAAAGAUUGGAGGGGAAGAAAGAGAAAGUUCAAGAAGCCAAGAGGGGGAGUGGACGGGAAGAAAAGGCAGAAUGGGACAAGAAGAAUAGGGAGGUGGGGAGUAGGGGCACAGACCAGGAAACUGUGCUUGAUAUGUGUUGCCAUGGUACCUGUUACCAUGACAAUAGACCAGGCUUGGAUGAGUUCAUGGAGUUUUUGCGAGGAACACCAGGAGAGAAGCUGCUUAAUCUCUGGAUGGAUAUAGAGAGACUGAAAGCUACACAGCACAGAGAGCGGAAGAACAGGUAUUUGGUCCUGAUGAGGAGCCGGUACCUGCUGAGCAGCAGCCAGAGCUGUCUGAAUGUGGAGCUGCUUUCCAGACUGGGACUGACUACCUCCCCCUGCUGGACAGAAGAUAAACUGCACUCAGUUCAGCCCUGCCUCACUGAGUCUCUGCUGCACUACUGGGCUCCUCGGUUCUGGACAUCCCAGUAUAUUCAGGCAGACCGUGACGACUCCCCUCAUAUGGGGCAGUGGACAGAGUGUUGUGUUAGCCCUCCAUCACACAUACAGCCCCACUGUGGCUCAAUGACCCUGCCUCCCCUCUGCUCUGAUAUCUGGCUGCCCCGAUCCCCCCGUACUGCCAGCACACAGUUAUACUCCAGCAGAAGACAACUACUGGGCAGCAGAAGAAUUGAAAAGAUGUUACAAGCUCUCUGUGCAGACUCACGUGCCGGUUUAUACUUCACACACUACUGUGAACAAUCUGGAAACCAGCUGUGGGAGAAUGCAGUUUACUUCUGGACUGACCUGCAGUGUUACCAUGAGCUGUUCUACCAGGACGGGCUGGACCCCUACAGAAUACAGAGAGAGGCUCAGCUCCUUUACUCUACAUAUCUUUUCAGCUCUGCCAGGAGGAGCCUUGAUGUUGAUGAGGUGAUCCGAAGGGACGUGUAUGACCAACUGAUGCCUGCUUUUGAGGAGCUGUUUGAUGAGGUUGAAGAGCACACUCUGAACAUCCUGCUGGAGCCCUGGACACUGCUGGUGGGCAGGGACAAGGAGUCCCUCCAGCAGGUGUGUGUGCAGGAGGAGGUGCGCUGCGUCGACAGUCAGGAGUACAGGGAACUCCAGAGUCUGUACGAGGAAUCAGAGCGGCGACUGAAUCAGCAGGUGGAGCAGUGCAGCUUCAUGCUGCCUCCUUCUUCUGUUCCUCCAUCUAUUCCGUUUUCAAAGGGCACCCGGGCUUCUGACUCUUGGUCCAACGUGUCUUCACGUUUCCAAGGUUACCGUCUAGGUUCCUUACUUCGCCACCGUCAUGAGAUCGGUCACUUUAUGUCCUUCCUCCAGGAUCACGAUGCCAGUAUCCAUCUGACGUGCUGGCUCGAUCUGGAGCAGUACAGGAGGACUCCUCAGAGGGACAAGGCUGUCAGACAGGAGAGGUCGUCUCACAUUGCGAACAAAUACCUCGACAGGAAGUACUUCUUUGGCUCUGAAAGCCCCGCCUCAGCAGAACAGCAGAAUGACAUAUUGCGUCUUGCAGGUGGACUGGAGCGUCUGAAACUAGAGUGUCUCUCAAACCCGGUUGUUAUGGAGAUCCAGGACAUCGUCAGGAGUCACAUUGAGAAAACAUGGCUGCCUGUGUUUCUGGCUACGUCAGAGUUCACAGAGAGACAGAAACACACACCAAAGCCCCAAGCAGCAGAAAGGCUCUUGCAGAACGCCUACCGUCGACGCAAGACGAGGAGAGAAGCCUGGAAGGCUGAGGGCUUGUGGAUGACUUCUUCCAAAGAGAUCCUGCUGUUUCGACGGAUCCUCCUCAACCCCGUCACAUGUAUGCAGUUCCAGCACUUUGUUUCUCUGAAGGGAGACUACCUGGAGAAUGAUGUGCUCUUUUGGCUGGAAGUGCAGCGGUACAAGGACCUCUGUCAUUCCCACAGCGAUGAAACCACAAUCCAGCGAAAGAUCUCCACCAUCAUCAACUGUUUUAUCAACUCGUCCAUGCCACCCGCCCUGCAGAUAGACAUCCCUCCUGAGCAGGCUCAACACAUUCUGGAGAAACGCCACGAGCUGGGCCCUUACAUCUUCAGAGAGGCACAGAUGUCAGUUUUCAGUGAAUUGCUGAAGGUUUGGCCUGAGUUUCAAGAGCUCAGGUGCAGCGUCCAAGAGGAGCAGCUCCUUCCUCUCCUGGAGGAGAAACGAGUCAAACACAGAGCCAGGGUACGGAGACAGAGGAGAAAAGAGGAGGAGGAAGAAGAGGAAGAGGAUGUGAGGAGGAGAGCCCAGGCAGAGCUGGAAAGGCAAGAUUUCAGUUUUAGGGAGGAUGAAGAGACGGACGAAGAUGAGAUGGAAGAAGAACAAGAGAGAAGAAGUGAAAAGAAGCUGUCAGGGACACAGAGCAGAGCGCUGCUGACUCCUGCACAGCCGUUGUCGUGGUCCUACUCCAAGUAUAUGGCAGCUCUGAAGAGAGAGGAGGUGCUGCUGAGGAGACAGAGUCAGCUGGAAGCCUCGUUCUCCGCAGUCUCAGACUCCUCCUCUGACUGCAGUGUGAAGUCAGCAGGCAGUAAGCACAGCUACUGGCAGCCUUCACAUCGCUCCUCCAGAACAGACAGUAAACAGUGUAACAGAUACAACAGGGGUGUAAGAGUCUGCAACAUGAAAUGAAACCAAAGUGUAAGAAGUAACAAGUUUGACACAAACAAAUGAGUGUGACUGACUGUUACUGGAGCACAAUGAGUGAAAACUGAGAGCAGAGCUGCUACUGAUAUCUUCAUGAUAAGGUAGAUGUUUGAAGCUGGGUGUGUAACCAUUAAACCAUGUGUGAUAAGGAUCUAAUAACUUGAUCGUGAUGAUACCUGGCUGCAGGAGUGGUGUAUGUUCAUUAUAUUUUCAUAUUUAAGAGGACUGGUUACAAGACAAAUAUAUCUCACUGUACUUGUCAUUUUUUCUUUUCAGUUUUUCUUACAUGGUACACAAUGAAUUAAUAGCACAUAUCAUUUUUAAUAUUUUUUUAUUAAAAGGGUUCUCUAUUAAUAUAUUAUCCAUUUACAAUAAAUGCAUUGGACUUAAAUCUUACAUAGAGCUCAGUGUUACAACAAUAUAAAAGGCAACAAUAACAAUAUGUUUGCAUCAUGAGGGUUGGCAUCAAUAUAAGGUUACAAAGAACAGUGUUAUUGUGAAACAAGUAUGUUACAUCAUCUAUAAAAACAUUUUGGUUGACAGCUGGUAUCUCUAGCAUCCAUCAACAUGUAUAUAAUAUUGCACUUAACACUGGGAUGAGACACACUCACUACAUGGAUAAUGUAAACACUGAGAGCUUAUUCUGCAAAGUGAAACAUUACAGACUGUUGUGAUAGAAAUGUAAGAGAUCUGUGUAACUACUGUUGGUUCUGUACUUUGUAUUUCUGUCUGCAACACUGAAAACGUUUCACACUGACUGAAUGAGCCCUCAUUUUAAGUUAAAAGAGAAAACACUUGGUCCAAGUAGGUUGACAACUCUUACAUGUUUUAGUGUUUACUACAGUAUGCGCUAACUGAAAUGUAUAAACUUGCGUGUGUUCCUAUGAUUAAAAUGAAUUCUAAUCUCUUUUCUAUGAUGAGUUUGUUGUUU